CUUAAAGCCGGAGGCAUGAAAUUCAAUAUUAAAAUACAGUCUUUUCUGAUUGAUUAAAAAUGUGAUUUAAUAUAUACUCACAUUUACUUCCAAAUCGUGAUUUUCUACAGUGUGGAUCCCUAACUCUAUUUAGUUAUGGUAAUCGCUAAAGAGGCACAACAAAUAUAGAUAACGUGAGUAACGGAAAAACCCUAUGAUAAUUGAAAAAAUAGGUCAAACCGUUUUAUAUAAAAGGAAGACAAAAUCAAUGACCGGUCAUAAGCUUGUCAGUUUCUCAAACACAGUAACGACAUAAUUUCUGAUCGCUUCUGUUUUUUUUUUCAAACUUGAAUUGAAAAUAAAGCUCCAAAAAAUGGCUAAAAAUAUUAUAUUACUUUUAACGUUUUUCUCAUUUUGUAUUGCUAUUACUCUUGCAAGACGCGAUACGACCGGUGGUAGAUUCCAUUACCGAUGUCUGCAAAAUUCUGCAAUAGUGAGUUACGACGCUUCAGAAUUUAAUGAAGUGAAAUUUUCGGUUUGGGGACGAUACCCGAAGUGCGAUAAGUAUUUUCAUGCAAAUGAAAAGGCACAGUGGGAAAUAAACUUUCACGAAUGUGCUGAACCAGGAACAAGACGAAUCUACAUAGAUAUAAGUGUAUAUAGCCCUAGAGGUAGUGACGCUUCACGUUACUCUGUUGAUGUCGAUUGCGACAAUCAAGGUCGUUAAUUAACGAUAAAAAAUUAUAAUAUUUAUCAGAUAGAGAAAGUUUGAUAAAAAAUAUCGAAAUUAAUCAGUUUAUCAUUCAUUUAAAUUUGUACAACGAUUAUUAUAUAUAUAUAUGAAUCAAAUGAAAACAUUUUUAUAAAACUAUGUAUGUGUUUUUAUUGAAAUUAUUUCUUACAACAUAUUUUAUACUUC